AUGUCGAAACAUGCGGAUGCUGCCAGAGGCUUGCAAGCACCGGAUGUUGUAAUCAGGGCCUUCGAUGAAGCUUCAAAUGGGACGCGAGACGCGAAGAAGCUCAGGGCUCUGGCCGAGCUCAGAGCCCCUCAGCCUGUUGGCCUUCAAUCAAUUUUGGUUCAGGCUACCGAGCUCUUUACGCAGCGGACUGCACCACGUGGCAAGCUCCGAAGAGCGAUUGAGAAAGCUCUGACGACGAUUGAACAACACGCGCCGUUGGCAGGCCUCUUCGUGCAAGAUCAGGCGCAGGCAGCUAUCGCCUGGGGUGCAAUAAGGCUGUUCAUCGUGCUCUUCGUAGCGGAUCUUUAUCUCUGUGAAGAGCUGGAAUCGAAUCUGAUCAGUCUCGCGCAACAAUUGGCUACCGCGGAGUUUCGACUAUCGCAAUACUGUCACGACAGCCAGAUCAUAGACGCGACAGUGUCGCUGCUAGUGGCGGUUAUUCAUUUCAUUGUUCGUUCCUACUUGUUCUUAACAGCUGGGAAGGUCGCGCGCUCAUGGAGAGCCUUUCGUCAUCUGUCAACCAUGAAGAGAUUGUUCCACAACGUCGAACAACGCAUGACGGACCUGAACCUACUGGUCGGACUUGCAGAUAGCAGAAUAUCCACACUGAGACAGGAGGCUGCCGUAGUGGCGGCAUGCUUGCCGGUGACACAGAGGCAGUUCUCUGAUAUGGUGGAGGCUGAUCCGGGCACAUGUGACUGGCCGUAUAGCUCACACGCAUAUGUCACCUGGCAGGCCGCGCACAACGACAUCCUGUUCGUAGAAGGUGGACCAGGCUGUGGGAAGACGGUAUUGGCGGGAAGCAUUGCACGACAUGCUGAGACGAAGUUGGUGAUCUAUCACAGCUCGCAAUCCGAGGCUCCGACGUCUAGCUUCUUGCAUGCUGUUCUCAAGAAGCUACUACAAACCACCGACCAUGACGUUCGUGACUGCCCCCUAUUCACAAUCGUCAUGAAGCAUAUAACGCCAGUUUUAAAUGAGGCCAGAACCUCCGGACAACUAGAGCGAGGCUCCAUACGGGCCGCUCUCCAUCAUAUGCUCAGCGAUGAGAGCUUCCCUUGUCUCACAAUAAUCUUGGACGGUGUCGAUGGUAUGGGCAAUGGUGCGAAUAUGAGAAAUGAUGUAUCCGAGAUCGAAUCAUUGCGAUGUCUGGUCAGCACAGGCAAAGUUAUGGCGCUGGUUUUCACACAAAACGCGCACAGCUACCAGCCGCUACAUCUCCUUCGUCUCGAUGCACCAACGAUUGAGCCAGACGUGCUGGCCUACAUCAAGGGAGAUAUCGCGAAGAACAAGAUGCUCGAGCCUUUCGCCGCUCAGAUAACGAAGGCAGUGUUUUCAAGCUCGUCGGGAAUGUUCCUGUACGCUAGAAUGCUUCUUGAUGAUCUCUUACAAGCAUCCAGCCAGGAGCAUCGUCAAAGUAUCCUCGGAAGCGUACCUAGUGGCCUGUACAAGUAUUAUGAGCGCCGUUGGAACAAACAACACCGGUACCUAUCCAAAAAGAAUCGAGAAUACCGCAACGAAUGCUUCCGAUGCCUUCUUACGGACUACGGUCCUCUAAAUGUUGCGACAGUCACUCAAUAUCUAGCGCUAGACGAUCGGACGCAGACAAAGAUACCGGAUCGCACACUAAAUCCUCCACGCGAGUGUAUCGGUCGACUUUGCUACCCCUUCGUCAACUUUUCCGGAGACUGUGCAGAAAUCGCCCACCCGUCUAUGCGGACAUUCAUCAAGCGCAAAGUUGGAGAUCCCGACACGUUUCUUGCAGCAAAGUGUUUCACACAACUUUCUCUGGACCGUUACCAGCAGCCCAUAUAUGCCGCAGCUGCUCUGAGACGACGCAUACUCGGCACAAGAUUCGCGACUACCAGCAGUGUCCUGCCAGAAUCCGCGCGGGAUCCGGAGCCUGACACCAUUCCAUACGAUUAUGCUGUGCUCCACUGGCAAGAUCAUCUUUUUGCAGUGCGCACCCCUUCCGAUGAGCUCUUACGUAGUUCGGCUGCCUUUUUCACGAGCAUAGCUAUCGUGUCUUGGGCCGAACGGCUAGGGGAGUUGAAAAGUCAGAUACCCAUUAACGUGUUGAAUAUCGUGCUAGGCGACCGGCUGUUUCCAAUACUACCAUUGAUCAGACUGGGCGAAUGGUUUAGCCUAAGCCAAACCUCCAAGGACGAUUCGCAGAGGGCGUAUGAGAACAAACAGAGAGCGGCCGAAGAAGCAGGAAAUGUGCUCGGUCCACGAAAUCCUUGGGUUCUGGAGCUGCGAAAUUCUGUAAUCAACGAAGUAUGGGCGCAGCAAGGUAUGAUGCAAGCGCUCGAUAUAUUGUCGGCGAUUGUGGAAGAUUAUCGUCUGAUCGGUCUGGAUUCGUCACCGGCCUACUAUCAGGCCGUUCAGAAUCUUGGCGUUACCAAGUACUUUAUCACCGACUUCAGCGGCGCCUUGGUGUCUCUGCAAGAAUCUGCUGCUGGGCUGGCUGCAGCAGGAGAACAGAACAAAGCGUUCCAGCUCAAUGACAUCGCAGAAGGCUUGACUCUCGAGCGAAUGGGACGGGUCGAUGAGGCUGGCGCUAAGUAUGAGUCCGUUCUCGACACCUGGAUCCCUGUGGCAGGGCAAGAUAAUGGUUUAAGCCUUUGGGCAGAAGAUGCACUAGCCUCCGUUCGACGAAAGCAAGGAAGGUACAGUGAGGCCAAAUCUUGCCUGCUGCACACCUGGGAUAUGCGUCGCAAGCUGUUCUCCUUGAAUAACUUCACCACAAUCGAUUCCGGGCUGCACCUUGCGAUAACGUUUCGAGAAUCUGACAAUCUUGAUGAGGCAGAAGACAUUCUGAGGCAAGUUGCGCCUUCCAUCGUGUUCACAGAAAAUAUCGCCAGACGACAUCAAGCCACGCAUGUGCAAGCUUUGGUUGCGUUUGACCGUGGUGAUUACAACACGCCCAAGACGGACCUCCUGAGAGCAAUUCAGGAGACUGUUGGUACAGAACGUCACCAAAACAAUCGCGAAGCACUGUGGAUUCGAACUACAGCAGCAGACGCUCUUCGACACGAAGGCAAGGAAGCCGAGGCACUGAGCCUGUUUUCCGAGCUCGUCAAGCCCAGUGAGGAAUUGUCAGGCAGAUCACCGACUCCAACGCUUGCAGAGGAACCAGAGCCCGCAUCACAGCUGUCGGUUGCAGAAGAAGCCCUGAGACUCGUGAAAGAACGCGAUCAAGAAGGCGCACAGGAGCUCCUCGCCAAGAACAACCUAGAAUGGGUUCGAGCCAAGGACUUCUGGCUAGGUGGUGGCGCUCCAGCCGAUACGGCGUGGAUGAAACCACCGAUGUUUGAUGCAGACUUCAUCAGCAUCUCCAUGCCCCCGUUGAACAGUCCGGUCGCGAUAUCAGCGAGGUGA